AACGUCCUGAGCCCAACAUGAAAAUUACAGCUCUCAGUCGCCCUCCGGCGUAUCAGCCAGGAACCGAUGUCGCAAAACUAAGUCGCAACCUUGACCCCGCCCUCCAUCCAUUCGAACGCGCCCGAGAAUAUACUCGAGCCCUAAAUGCGACCAAGCUGGAGCGCAUGUUUGCAGCGCCAUUUAUAGCAGACUUGGGACGGGGUCACGUUGAUGGCGUAUAUACUAUUGCCACAGAUCCCUUGUCUCUCCACAGAUUCGCCAGCGGCAGUGGUGAUGGAGUCGUGAAGGUGUGGGACCUGACGUCGAGAGACGAAAUAUGGAAUACAAAUGCCCAUGAAAAUAUCGUGAAGAGCCUGUGUUGGACGAAAGAUCAGAAGCUCUUGACAUGCGCUAGCGAUCGAUCUAUCAAGCUCUUCGAUCCUUAUAAUACACCAUCAGGAACGGCUCCAGUUGCAACAUGGCUUGGAACGAAUGCUUUCACGAGCUUGUCCCAUCAUCGAACGCAGAACUCCUUUGCCGCAGCGAGCGGGGUCAUCUCAAUAUAUGAUUUGGAGCGACAUACCGCCCCGCCCGAGGUUCUCAAAUGGCCAACAUCUACGGAUACGAUUACAGCCGUUUCAUUCAACCAGACCGAGACUUCGAUAUUAGCAUCGGCGGCAACUGAUAGAUCAAUCGUUCUCUAUGAUUUGAGGACAUCAAUGCCUCUGGCAAAAACGAUCUUGAAUUUUGCUUCCAAUGCAAUUUCUUGGAACCCUAUGGAGGCGUUCAACUUUGCUGUGGCCAACGAAGACCAUAAUAUAUAUAUCUUUGAUAUGCGAAAGAUGGAUAGGGCGUUAAAUGUGUUGAAAGACCACGUUGCUGCAGUAAUGGACGUACAGUUCUCCCCUACGGGCGAGGAGCUCGUAAGCGCUUCCUAUGAUCGCACAGUACGGCUCUGGAAUCGCAGCAAAGGCCAUUCGCGAGAUAUCUACCACACGAAGCGUAUGCAGCGAGUUUUUGCAGUGAGAAUGACCGGUGAUGGAAAAUAUGUCCUCAGUGGUUCGGAUGAUGGGAACGUCCGUCUUUGGAGAGCAAACGCUUCAAAGCGAGAGGGCAUUAAAUCAGCGAAGCAGCGACAGGCUCUGGAGUAUAACGAGGCCUUGUCGGAAAGAUACGCACACAUGCCGGAAAUCCGACGUAUCAAGCGCCACAGACACAUUCCCAAGGUGGUUAAGAAGGCUGGCGAAAUCAAGGCGGAAGAACUCAAGGCCCUCAAGCGAAGAGAGGAGAAUGAACGGAAACAUACGAAGAAGCAGCACAAAAAAAGGAGGAGUGAGAGAGAAAAGAUGGUUCUGGCUGCAGAAAAGUGAUUGUAUU